AGCACAGUUAAUAGGGUUCCGCUUGCAGGCUUUGCUUCGAUCCUGCCCUUUAAUAUUGCCAGCCAGCCACUCUCGAGCUGUUUCAGAAUCUCUGUUCUAUCGCCACAAUUGGCACCGGUAGGUUUAAAUGACACAAACCUAAGAGCCUGUUAAGAUUAGCGCCCUGUAGCCAGCUGAAGGCAGGAUUGCUUGCCAAAGUAAGUGACAUUUGGUUGAUCCAGAUCCAAACGCGCACAUCACCUGAGGCUCUUCAUUGUGCCUCUGCUGCCAGCAUGGUGCGUGCAAAUCUUCCAGUCUCCCCCGAGCUGGUGGCCUUCUACAAGUCCCGAUUGGACGCGUUUGACGCGGAGCGGGCAGCAGCGGCUGCCCUCGUGGAGCAGGCCAGCGUGGAACGGGGCCGUGUGUACCGCCUGGAGCAAGCCGCCAGCAAGGCUGCAGCGCAGGUGCACCAGCUGCAGAAGGCGCUUGCGGAGUCCCACCUUCAGCUGUUUGAGGUCAGGGACCAGGUGGGGCAGCUGCAGGCGGAGCGCGCCAGCCUGCUGUUGGAGGGCAAGCAAGACAAGGCGCGCAUCCAGAGCCUGCUGGCAUUCACCCAGCCAGUGCUCCAUGACGUCCACUAUGCCAACGCCGAGGAGCCAGCCGGAGUAGCCACCCAUCCUCUUGCAACGAAAAGGAACGGUAGGGGCACCACGGGGCAGUCGCCACACGAGGUGCUGCGGACGGUGUUCCUGCCCAACGAGGAGGCCCAGCUGCUGGUGGCCAAGCUGGCCGCGCUGCAGGCACAGCUGGCGCACCAGCACGCGUUUUCCCAGGAGCGCAUCACGGCUCUGCUGGAUGACCGCAAGCAGCGCGAGGACGCCGCUGCCGCGCAGGCGGCCGAGGCCAGCAGCAAGCUCGAGGACUUGCAAGCCCAGCUCGACAAGCGGUGUACGCUGCUGGAAAGAACUACGCGCGAGCUGCUUCUGUGCCGCCACCAGCAGCAGGCUGCGGAGCGGGACUUCCAGGAGCGGCUGGCGGAGCACGCCAGUGGCACAAGGCAGGCGCAGCGAGAGAGCCGCUGCAUGCGCCAGCAGCUAGACCUCGCCCUCGAGCUCCUGCCCCGCCAGUGUGCGGACGCUGUGCGGGCCAUGGGCACCGCCCUGGCCCAGGCUGCUUCCAGCGACGGGACUCCCGGGCCACACGACGACAGCGGGGACGACCCCGCGGCCAGCUGUCGGGAGGCUGCCUUGGCCGCUGCCGCAGAGGCCCAGUCUGGCGCGGAGCGGCGUGCGCUGCGGCAGGCAGCUGCGCUGGAGGCGGAGUUGAAGUCGUCGCGGGGCGCGGCGCACAGCGUGGGGCGGCAGCAGCAGCAGCGCAUCCGCCAGCUGGAGCAGCAGCUGCACAGCCUCAAGGGCAGGACGCGGGAGCUAGAGUACCGGCGGGCGCUGGACAUCCAGGGGUUCGCCAGCGAAAUGGGCCUCGUCCGGAAGCAGCUGGUUAGCAUCCAGCGGCGCGUCCGGGAGGUGGCCCUGGACGCGGAGACGGGCGGCACGGACCCGCUGUCCAUCGUGGAGCAGCUCGCGGCCGUGCGGGACCAACUGGACGCUGUUGCAGCCAAAAUGCUUGACCAACGAGACCGAGGCGACACGUAACGGCAUACGACGGGUCACGUGCCGCUCCGCAUGUCGACCACUCUUUCGACGGAAGCUAGAUAGGUCGGUGACUUAUCAAGGAAUUCUGCGGACUUUCAUUCCCGCGGUUGCGAAAGCACUACGUCUCCUCUUAAGUGGAUCCAAAGUGGAGGGUGCUGCACAUCAUGUGUCAAAGUUGCGUGGAAAAGCCGCUGAUGUUUUGAAGACGGCUUAUGUGCACGGUCAGAUUGAAAAAGCGCCAUCAUUAUUCGUGUC